CUUUCAACCGUUCAACUUCAUUCCGAUCCUUCUUAACGCUUACUCACGUCUACGCGUACACAAACAAAUACCACCAUUCCCUUUCCACCGGAUCGCCCUUCCUUCCACCUUAUACCUACAUAGGUAUCUAGAGUCUAUCGUUAUCCCCAGUUCGAAAUGAGCGCAUCCUCUAAAGCUGCCCAGAGGGCAGUGAUCAUAAACCCUUUUGCCGGGAGGACGGCGGCUCGGCCCGGCCUUUCUCUUCCAUCAGCUUAUCUCGGACGCCAAAACCGUCAAUUACCCUCAGAUCUUAUGGCGCGAGCCCUUCUAAUCCCCAUUCGAAGCAUAUCAACCGAACGGCAUUCAGUUGGCCCGCAUAAUGGCCCACCUCCUGGAUUCAACGCAGAGCUAGCUAAGAAACCGCUCCCAAAAACAGAGACGUCGACGAAGAAAGCCUCCGACGCGAAGACAGAGCCCGUCAAGGACGUCGGCGCAGCAAAGACGACACAACCUUCUGCUACUGAGGCUAAGACCUUGACCGAGUUGGCAGCGAAGAAGAAUGCGGAGGUUGAAAAACAAGAGGAGAAGCAGGAGAAAAAGCUGACUCUGGGACAAAAGAUCAAGCAUGAACUCCAGCAUUACUGGGAUGGCACGAAGCUUCUGGCCACUGAAGUGAAGAUCAGCAGCAAACUGGCGCUGAAAAUGGCCGCCGGCUACGAACUCACCCGACGAGAGAACCGACAACUUCAGCGGACAGUUCAGGACCUUGGCCGUCUGGUGCCAUUCUCGGUCUUCGUCAUCGUUCCUUUUGCUGAGGCCCUUCUGCCUAUCGCCCUAAAGCUAUUCCCUAACAUGCUUCCAAGCACGUACGAAGCUCAACAAUCCAAAGACAAGAAAGCCGCGACAUUGCGAGCAACCCGUAAGGAGGUCAGUUCCUUCCUUCGCGACACUAUGAAAGAGACCGGGCUGCCUCUGUCGCCUAGUACGACACAGAAGGAGGAGUUCGCUACGUUCUUCCGAAAAUUGCGCGCUACUGGAGAGCAGCCAAGCACGGACGACGUCAUCAAAGUCUGCAAGGCUUUUAGGGAUGACUUGACUCUCGACAAUUUGUCGAGACCACAGUUGGUGUCUAUGUGCCGUUAUAUGAAUCUGAACACGUUCGGCACGGAUAUCAUGCUCCGGUAUCAGAUCCGUCACAGAAUGCGACAAAUCAAGAGGGAUGACAAGGCGAUUAGCUUCGAGGGCGUUGACAGCCUUAACGUCUCUGAGCUGCAGACAGCAUGUGCUAGCCGAGGUAUCAAGACGCACACAGUAUCUCCUGCUAGGCUACGGGAGGACCUCCAAUCCUGGUUGGACCUACGGUUGAAGCAUGGCGUUCCUUCAACGCUGCUCGUGCUAAGCAACGCUUACAUGUACGGCCAAAAGACUGAGGGCGGGUUCCACAGCCAGAUCGAGGCUUUGACCGGUGUGCUGUCGUCUAUUCCUGAAGAGCUCUACCACGAGAUCGAACUUGAGGUGCACAACGCCGAGGGUGCGGCGACCAACAAGCAGCGACUCGAGGUUCUGAAGGAACAGCAGGAUCUGAUCGAGGAAGAGAACGAGCAGAACCAGGAGAACCAGGACACCGGUCUCGCCACACCUAAGGAUGUGGACGACAUUGAUGAGAAGGAUGACCGGGCUGCUUUAGCCGCCGCGGAGCAGGGCCUCGAAAAGGAGGUGGUGGGCGAGGCUGUCGACGCCGAGGCCGACCAGCUCCAGGCCAAGGACUCACAACAGGAAGAGAAGAAGGUCGAAGAGGCGAAGAAAAACGAGAGCUAAAUUCGCUCGCCGACUAAGCCUAUCACAAGUACCUACGAGACUAAGCUAGAGGAGCGGCUAGCAAAAAAAAAACCAAGGUGUACGGAACGAACACAAACAUCACAUCACCAACUAUUUACCGCAUCGCUUCUCUUUUGUUUAAAGAAAAAAAAACUUAACUUACCUACAUGUAACAGCCAUGUAUUAUUCCCAAUUGGCAACACGAGGCCUAGAUUGCCAGUGUAUCACAAAGCGAUUAAGAGGGGUGUUUGUCGGAUGGGGGGAGUAGCGGUUUACAACAUUACAAAUUCCCUUUGCCUUAUUCUUAUUGGAAGCGGGAAUGGGCGGGAAUAGGUAGGGGGAAGGGGGCG